ACCACUUAACUCUCUAAACAAUGCAAUUGAAACAGUGGUUCGCCGUCGUGCUUGUGUCGAUGACUACCGUGGUUGCAUUGGUCGGGGAUGCUACUCCUGGAGCCUCCAACCAACUCGAGGAUACAGAAAACCCCGCUGAUAUAAAGUUCACCAAUGUUGAUCUCGACAGUGGGAAAGCUGCCAGUAAUUUAGGGGUCCGUCCACUUGAAGAUUCUGACAAUGAUCCAACCCCCGGCCACGCCAAGUUGCCCUUGUCUUCACAACCGCUUGCUUUCGAGCUUGAAGAGGAGGCUGCCGACGAACCCAGAGAGCCAUAUGACUCGUUUAUCAUGUCUGUGUCGAUGAUUAUUGUUUCUGAAAUCGGUGACAAGACGUUUUUGAUAGCAGCGUUGAUGGCAAUGAAGAAUUCUCGUGCCGUGGUGUUUGCGGCUGCAUUCUCUUCGUUGGCCAUCAUGACCGUGUUGUCGGGAGUGGUGGGCCACGCGUUACCAGCUUUGAUUUCAAAGCGGGUUACUCAGUUUUUGGCGUCAGUGUUGUUCAUUGUAUUUGGUCUCAAGUUGAUGAGAGAAGGAUUGAGCAUGUCCAAAGACAUCGGUGUAGACGAGGAGUUGGCAGAGGUGGAAGAAGAGAUUCGUGCUCAGAACAUCAACUCUCACAUGGAAAAUGCUGAGUCUGGAGGUGUUUCUACCUUCACCAAAUCUUGGUACCUGAAGGGGGUCGAACAGUUCAACGAUUUGGCCGCCUUCUUAUUGUCACCGGUAUUCAUCCAGGUGUUUGUGAUGACGUUUUUGGGUGAAUGGGGAGACAGAUCACAAAUUGCAACCAUUGCAUUGGCAGCCGGAUCAGAUUAUUGGUAUGUCAUCAUUGGAGCCAUCAUCGGUCACGGGGUGUGUACAUUUGCAGCCUGUGCCGGAGGUAAGUUGUUGGCCAAAAAGAUCUCCAUGAGAACCGUCACGUUGGGAGGGGCUAUAGCCUUCUUUGUGUUCUCCAUCUUGUAUUUGUACGAGGCUGUAUAUGGAUUUGAGUAGACACUGCGUUAAUGCUUAAUUUAUAUUAUACAACCGUAGCUAUUCGAUUUUCCCCUGGCACAUAAACUUCAAAACCUGGUUGGGAUGUAGUGCCUUCUUACCAGUGGUGACACCCAUUUCCACAUCUUCUCGUUGUCUCUCUGCUUCCUUUUUGGCCAGAGCCUCCUUUUUCCCUUCUUCAGUCUCGAGAUACUCGAGCUCCUCCGUCGACAAAAACCCGUAGAAUUGGAAGUCCUCCUUGAUCUCUUGGAUCUUGGCCGAGCACCAUUGGGAGAAUUCAUCGUCAGCUUGACUGUUGAUAUUGAGAGACUUGCUGUGCUCAAUGGCUUCAUCUAUCCAUUUUUCCACCUCUGGCAACGGCUUCUUCCGCAAAAGCGUGGUGGCGAGCCCCUCAUGCUGGGAGGUUGGAAACAAUGGGAGCGGGUAUGCGUUGGUGUGGUCCAAGAUGUCCUGGUUGUUUUCUAGGAUGCUGGUGAUCGAGUGGAGCUGGGUGAUAAGAACAUGGAAUUGGCUUUGGAACUGGCCAUACGUGGGCAACCGCGUCUUUCCUGUGAACCUUAUAUUGUAGUUUAUCUGGUCAGAGAGCUUUCUGAGUGAUAUAUGGACCUGGUUUAACCUGUUUCUUGUAGCUUCUAGGGAGUCCAUGGUGGGCUUAA